ACAAACAAAGUAAUCCAAGCAGCGGAUUUAAGCCAAAGAUUUAAACCAAAUCUAGGACUGGAUUUCGGCCAUGUUCGAUGUACCGCCCAAGUGCCCGGCGCUGGCGAACAAGCUGGGCGGCAUAUUCGGGUGGCGCCACACCUACAAGGUGGCGGCCAAGCAUGAGGGGAUACCCCAUGGCCAGCUCCACAAGUCCUACUCCCUAACGCUGCCCAAGAGGCCGCCCUCGCCCUCAACCUACUCGUGUGUUAAGCCCGAUUCAUGGGUGACGGUAACCCAUCUGCAGACACAGUCCGGCAUUCUGGACCCGGACGACUGUGUCCGGGAUGUGGCCGACGACAGGGAGCAGAUUCUGGCCCAUUUCGAUGAUCCCGGGCCGGAUCCGGGCGUGCAACAGGGUGGCGGCGACGGUGCGUCCGGCAGUUCGUCUGUGGGCACUGGAUCACCGGACAUCUUUCGGGAUCCCACCAACACAGAGGCGCCCACCUGCCCCCGAGAUCUGUCCACGCCGCACAUCGAGGUGACCAGCACCACGUCCGGUCCGAUGGCGGGCCUGGGCGUGGGCCUGAUGGUGCGCCGGAGCAGCGAUCCCAAUCUGCUGGCCUCCCUCAAGGCGGAGGGGAGCAACAAGCGUUGGUCCGCGGCGGCGCCCCACUACGCUGGCGGGGAUUCGCCGGAGCGCCUGCUGAUGGAGAAGGCCGGCGGUCAUCUGUCGCCACAGUGGGAGGAGGAGGACGAUCCCAGCCAGCAGCUUCUCAACCAGCAGCCCCACUCUGGAGGAAGCAACGGAGCUGGAGGAGGAGGAGGUAACCACCAGCCGUUCGCCCGAUCCGGACGUCUUUCCAUGCAAUUCCUGGGCGUCGGCAACGGCUACAAGUGGAUGGAGGCCGCCGAGAAGCUCCAGCAGCAGCACCAACAGCAACCAUCCGUCCAGCAGUCUCACACGUCCUCCCAGCACACCGGCCCGGCUCAGAGCGGAGCCUACUCCAGCAAGUCCCUGCCGCGGGAGAGCAAGCGCAAGGAGCCGCUGGGCCAGGCCUACGAGUCGAUCCGGGAGAAGGACGGCGAGAUGCUGCUGAUCAUCAACGAGUACGGGAGUCCAUUGGGCCUCACCGCCCUGCCGGACAAGGAGCACGGCGGCGGACUUCUGGUGCAGCACGUGGAGCCCGGAUCGCGGGCGGAGAGGGGUCGCCUGCGCCGCGACGACCGCAUCCUGGAGAUCAACGGCAUCAAGCUGAUCGGCCUGACCGAGUCCCAGGUGCAGGAGCAGCUCCGCCGCGCCCUGGAGAGCUCCGAGCUGCGGGUGAGGGUCCUGAGGGGCGACCGAGGAAAUCGCAGCCGCCAGCAGCGGGACUCCAAGGUGGCGGAAAUGGUGGAAGUGGCCACUGUCUCGCCCACCCGGAAGCCGCAUGCCGCCCCGGUGGGCACUUCCCUGCAGGUAGCCAACACCCGGAAGCUGGGCAGGAAGAUAGAGAUCCUACUGAAGAAGGGACCCAACGGGCUGGGCUUCUCCGUCACUACGCGGGACAAUCCCGCCGGCGGUCACUGCCCCAUCUACAUCAAGAACAUCCUGCCCCGUGGAGCCGCCAUCGAGGACGGGCGCCUGAAGCCCGGAGAUCGUCUGCUGGAGGUGGACGGCACGCCCAUGACGGGCAAGACCCAAACGGACGUGGUGGCCAUUCUGAGGGGCAUGCCCGCCGGUGCCACCGUGAGGAUUGUUGUCUCCCGCCAGCAGGAGUUGGCCGAGCAGAAUGGCAACGGCGAGCAGGCCGCGGCUGGAGCCCAGCCAGCAGCAGUAGCUCCUGCGGCAGCUCCGCCUCCGAUUCCCGUCCAGAAGUCCAGCAGUGCCAGGUCGCUCUUCCAGCACCAGCAGCAGCAGCUGAACGAAUCUCAGCACUUUAUCGACGCGGGAAGCGAGUCUGCGGCAUCGAAUGACAGCCUGCCGCCGAGCAGCAACAGCUGGCAGUCCCGGGAGGAGCUCACCCUCCACAUCCCGGUCCACGACACAGAGAAGGCCGGCCUGGGAGUGAGUGUGAAGGGCAAGACGUGCUCCAAUCUGAACGCCUCCGGCUCCAGCACCACCAGCUCCGCCAAUGGCCCGAUGAAGCACGACGGGGAUCUGGGGAUAUUCGUGAAGAACGUGAUCCAUGGAGGAGCCGCCUCGCGGGACGGACGUCUGCGGAUGAACGAUCAGCUCCUGAGCGUCAAUGGUGUCUCGCUGCGGGGACAGAACAACGCCGAGGCCAUGGAGACCCUGCGUCGGGCGAUGGUGAAUACGCCGGGCAAGCAUCCGGGCACCAUAACCCUACUGGUGGGCCGCAAGAUCCACCGCUCGGCCAGUUCCAGCGACAUCCUCGACCAGAGCACCAGCCAUAGUAGCCACAGUAACAGCAACAGCAGUGGGGGCGGAGGAAGCGGCAACCACAACAGCAGCUCCAAUGCCAGCGACAACUCGGGGGCCACGGUCAUCUACUUGAGCCCGGAGAAGCGGGAGCAGCGAUGCAACGGAGGAAGUGGAGGCGGCAGUUCCAGCAAUGAGAUGAAUAGAUGGAGCAAUCCCGUUUUGGAUCGUCUAACCGGUGGAAUUUGCUCCUCCAACUCAGCCCAUUCCUCGCAGCAGCAACAGCAGCAGCAGCAGCCCUCCCAGCAGCAACAGCAGUCGCAUCCGCCGCAGCAGCAGCCACAGCAGCAGCGACGCCUGCCCCCAGCACCGGCUUGCAACAGCGCCGCCCUGCGGAACGAGAGCUACUACAUGGCCACCAACGACAACUGGUCGCCGGCGCAGCUGCACCUGCUGACGGGACACGGCAACACAGCGAUGCUCAUCGAGGACGACUCCGAGCCAAUGUCGCCAACUCUACCGGCACGUCCUCACGAUGUCCAGCACUGCAACCCGAGCAGCGCCAACGCAUCGUCCGCCCAGCAAGUGGCCGCCGGAGGAGCGGCUCCAGGAGCCGUGCCCGUUCCCGGCACUCCAUCCACGUCCUCCAACUUCGACGCCACCUACUCGUCACAGUUGAGCCUGGAGACGAAUUCCGGGGUGGAGCACUUCUCGCGCGACGCCCUGGGCCGGCGCAGCAUUUCGGAGAAGCACCAUGCGGCGCUGGAUGCCCGCGAAACGGGCACCUAUCAGCGGAACAAGAAGCUGCGCGAGGAGCGGGAAAGGGAGCGCCGCAUCCAGCUGACCAAGUCGGCUGUGUACGGCGGCUCCAUCGAGUCCCUGACGGCGCGGAUCGCCAGCGCCAAUGCCCAGUUCGGGACGGGCUACAAGCACGCCAAGACGGCCUCCAGCAUCGAGCAGCGGGAAACGCAGCAGAUGGCGGCCGAAUCGGAGGCCCGAGAUCAGUUGGGAGAUUUGGGCCCAUCGCUGGGCCUGAAGAAGUCCUCGUCGCUGGAGUCGCUCCAGACGAUGGUGCAGGAGCUGCAGAUGUCGGACGAGCCGCGCGGUCAUCAUGCUCUGCGGGCUCCCCGUGGCCGCGGCCGGGAGGACAGCCUCCGAGCUGCGGUGGUCAGUGAACCGGAUGCCAACAAACCCCGCAAGACCUGGUUGCUGGAGGAGGGAGACCACGAGGGCGGCUUCUCUGCCCAGCGGAACGGUCCCUUCCAGAGCUCCCUGAACGACGGUAAGCACGGCAGCAAAUCGUCGCGCGCCAAGAAGCCGAGCAUCCUGCGCGGGAUCGGGCACAUGUUCCGCUUCGGCAAAAACCGAAAGGACGGCGUGGUGCCCGUGGAUACGUACGCCACGGCGAACAGCACCAUUUCCCCGCCCAGCUCGGUGGUGUCCACGAACACCCAGCAAGUCCAGCAGGCGCAGCAGAUACCCACCGCUGCCCUGGCGGCGCUGGAGAGGAACGGCAAGCCACCGGCCUACCAGCCGCCACCACCCCUGCCCGCUCCCAACUCGGGUGGGGGUGGAGUCUCGGGGGGAUCGCAGCUGAACGGGGGCAUCCACCAGAACGAUAUAUUCAAUCAUCGCUACCAGCACUACGCCAACUACGAGGAUCUGCAUCAGCACCAGCACCAGCAUCAGAUUAGAAGCAGCAGUCGAGGAGGCGACUCCAGCACCUCCAGCAUCUCGGAGACACUCUCGGAAUCCACUCUGGAGUGCAUGCGCCAGCAGGUGAUCAGGCAGCGGAUCAAGGUGGAGGCGGAAAGUCGCCGCCAUCAGCAUUACCAUUCGCAACGCAGUGCCCGCUCGCAGGACAUCAGCAUGCACUCGACGGGAUCGGGAUCUGGACCGGCAGGUCCGCAGGCACAGGCCGGUAACGGAGUGCGUCCCAUCAGCAGCUACUACGAGUACGAGACGGUGCAGCAGCGGGUUGGGAGCAUCAAGCACAGUAGCACCUCGGGAGGAAGUGGCCGAGGAGACUCCUCCGGGGCGGGAGGCAACACCACCACCACAUCGCCCAUCAACGUCCCCCACUGGAAGGCAGCGGCCAUGAACGGCUACUCGCCGGCCAGUCUCAACAGCUCCGCCCGCAGCCGAGGUCCCUUCGUCACCCAGGUGACCAUCCGGGAGCAGAGUACUUCCCCCCACCUGCUCCUCCAGCAACAGCAGCAGCAACACCAGCACCAGCUUCAGCAUCAGCUUCAGCUCCAACAGCAGCAGCAGCAGCCGACCUACCAGACCGUCCAGAAGAUGUCAUCCGGGCAGUCGCAGUACGGCAGCACGGCCGGAUCCCAGCCGCACGCCUCCAAGGUGUGACUAUAGGUGUUGGCGCAUGCGCGCGCCACUCGGGAUGUGCUCGUGGACCGGAGGCAGCAGGAGCAGCAGGUCAGCGGCGGUAGAGAGGUCAGCG